AUGCUCAACAAGCUGUCGGGACAGCCCGAGAGUUAUGAGAAAAAGCAACUAUACAAGUUUGGGAGAACACUUGGUGCUGGAACGUACGGUAUUGUCCGUGAGGCAGAUUGCAGUCGUGGAAAAGUUGCUGUUAAAAUCAUCCUGAAGAAAAAUGUCCGGGGCAACGAGCAGAUGGUUUACGAUGAGUUGGAGAUGUUGCAAGCCCUUGAUCACCCGAACAUCGUCCAUUUUGUCGAUUGGUUCGAAUCCAAGGACAAAUUCUACAUUGUCACCCAACUGGCCACCGGUGGUGAGCUGUUCGAUAGAAUUUGCGACUAUGGAAAGUUUACUGAGAAGGAUGCAUCUCAAACCAUUCGGCAAGUGCUAGACGCAGUCAAUUAUCUGCAUGAACGGAAUAUUGUUCACCGAGACUUGAAACCAGAAAACUUGCUUUACCUUACCCGUGACCCAUCCUCGCCUUUGGUUCUAGCCGACUUUGGCAUUGCCAAGAUGUUGGACAGUCCCAGUGAAGUAUUGACUAGCAUGGCUGGAUCAUUUGGAUAUGCCGCACCCGAAGUUAUGCUCAAACAAGGCCACGGCAAGGCCGUCGAUAUGUGGUCUCUGGGUGUCAUCACAUACACCCUGCUGUGUGGUUAUUCACCCUUCCGGUCCGAGAGCCUGUCCGAUCUGAUCGAGGAAUGUCGUAGUGGCCGGAUCAUUUUCCAUGAACGCUACUGGCGAGACGUCUCAAAAGAUGCCAAGGAUUUCAUCCUUACGAUGCUCCAGCCGGAUCCAUCAAAGCGUGUCACAUCCGAGGAGGCCCUCAAGCAUCCCUGGUUGAAGGGCGAAUCUGCCAGUGACCGUGACUUGCUGCCUGAAAUCCGCGCCUACAUUGCUAAGUCUCGCCUCAGGAGAGGCAUUGAGAUCAUCAAACUGGCCAACCGCAUCGAGGCACUCAAGAUGCACGAAGAGGAUGAGGAUGACAUCCCUAGCCCUGCUGACAUGGCAGCUUCUGCUGAGGAGUCUAGCAAAUCUGGAUCUGCGCCGGCCGAGGCGUCAGCUAAUGUUGAAGCCGAGGCUGGUACAACAAAGAAGCGGAGUUUGAGCAAGGUUGCACGCGGAGCUAUCUUCCGUGAGGUUGUUCUUGCAAAGGUUCGUGAGCAGAAGGACAACGAAGAACGUGAGAGACUCGAACGUGAGGCUCGAGAGAAAACUACCCAUACUUAAUUCCUGUUAUGCUAUGGCGUUCAAAGUGAGAGCUCGUUCAUCCUUCCCUGACCAGUUUUCGAGGUCAAGACACAUCAUCUGAGUUGCUUUGUGAAUAUUAUUUUCAUGAUUCCCCGUCCAUAAUCCGAAUGGUGUAUACAGUAACUGUGUUAUUCUUGAGAGCUUUCGGUGCUUGUUCUUCAAAAUCCCUCAUCUUUUGGCUUCACUGUCUCUUUUUUCCUUCGUGUCCAUACC